UUCAGAUUGUUCGAAAAGUUCAUCGAGUGUGGUACGUUUGAAGUGGUUUGCGUUCGGUUGUGGAAAAUUUAAUACCCGUACGCCCCUGAUGGAAAUAAUAUCAAGUAAAAUAUAAUAACGUGUGGAAAUUAUUAAAUUAAACACUUUAGUAAGAAGUCUUCCAGUCCAUUGUUUUCCCACAUUGCACACGACUAGACAGUCUUCAAGCAACGCAUAUAACGUAAUCAAUCAUGUUAUCACCACACCCCCACGGCCUACCACCUGCCUCCUUACGGCUGUUAGCUAUGCUCUUUGCCACACUCUUCGCCUGCAGCAGCAUUUUGUGUGUAGAAGCGCAGCUAGCUGGCAAAAUCAUACAAGAUCCCUGUGUGAACAAGGCAUCCUGCCAUGAAUGUAUACAAACACAGAAUUGCGCUUGGUGCAUGCAACCUGAGCUGGGAGAUUCACCACGUUGCUUCAGAAAUAGUAUACUAAAUUAUUGCAAGGAGGAAUAUACCUGGAAUCCUCAAACAGAGCAACGAAUGGUGAUUAACCGCGAAUUAACUCGUGGCGGUAAUGCAAGCGCUGCCGGUGGUUAUGGUUAUGGCUAUGGUGGUUCUUACGAGUCCGGUUAUAGUAGUAGCUCAUCGUCCAGUUCGUCGUAUGCAGGUGCUUAUGGUAGUGCAGCUGCAGCUGCCGCCUCUGGUGCCGCGAGUGCUAGCGGCGAAAUUGUGCAAAUUAGUCCACAGCGUGUUAGCCUCAAGUUACGUAUUAAUCAAAUGCACUCCUUGAACAUGCGUUACUCACAAGCUGUCGAUUACCCUGUUGACUUGUACUAUUUGAUGGACUUGUCCAAAUCUAUGGAAGACGAUAAGGAUAAGCUGUCUGCUUUGGGCGAUAAACUAUCAGAGACUAUGCGUAAUAUUACAUCGAACUUCCGUUUAGGUUUCGGUUCAUUUGUCGAUAAGGUGCUGAUGCCAUACGUUUCAACUAUACCCAAAAACUAUCAUUCGGCGUGUCUAAAUAGUGGCUCCGAGAUACCUACCGCCAAAUGCGAUGGUCUCAAAGUUGGCGACGUUGUCAACUUCACCGCACAAAUCUUGGUGACUUCUUGCCCAACAGAUCCACGCGAAUGGAAUCAAGUCAUUCAAAUCUAUCCAGUUGGUAUUAAUGAAAGCUUGAUAAUCGAUUUGCAAAUGCUCUGCUCGUGUCCUUGCGAACGUCCCGGCGCCAUAGGCUAUGAGGCGCAUUCAUCCAAAUGUAACAAUCAUGGUACGUUAAUGUGUGGCAUCUGCGAGUGUGAUGACAUGCAUUUCGGUCACAAUUGCGAGUGUUCUACGAGCGAUGUGCACACAGGUAAAGAUAAUGAUUUGGGCUGUCGUCCGGAUAAUACGACACAAGUGGACUGUACCAAUCGCGGCACUUGUUUGUGCGGUGUAUGCGAGUGUGAGAAACGUCAAAAUCCAGAGGAAAUUAUUUCGGGCAAGUUCUGUGAGUGUGAUAACUUUUCUUGCGAACGUCAUAAGAACUUGCUUUGCUCUGGACCCGAUCAUGGCACUUGCGAAUGCAAUCACUGUGUAUGCAAGCCAGGCUGGACGGGUUCGGCGUGUGAUUGCCGCGCCUCGAAUGAUACCUGCAUUCCGCCAAAUGGUGGUGAAAUCUGCUCCGGACAUGGCGAAUGUGAAUGUGGUGUGUGCAAAUGUAAAUCUACCGACGAGGGCCGAUAUUCUGGCAAAUACUGCGAGAAAUGUCCCACUUGUGCAGGACGCUGCCACGAGCUGAAGGAUUGUGUGCAAUGUCAGAUGUACAAGACUGGCCCACUGAAAGACGAGAACGACUGUGCCGUUAAUUGCACUGAUACUUUUGUGCCCAUAGGCGAGGAGAAAAUCGUAAUUGAUGAAGAGAAAGAUGAACAGCUUUGUAUAUUCUAUGAUGAAGAUGACUGCAAAUUUACAUUUAAAUAUAGCGAAGUGAACGACAAAAUCGAAGUGCACGCACAGCAAGAGCGCGAAUGCCCGCCCAAGGUGUUCAUGUUGGGCAUUGUAUUGGGCGUCAUAGCCGCUAUCGUCUUGGUGGGCCUGGCCAUAUUGCUUUUGUGGAAAUUACUAACAACCAUACACGAUCGCCGUGAGUUUGCACGCUUCGAGAAGGAGCGCAUGAACGCCAAGUGGGAUACGGGUGAGAAUCCAAUCUACAAGCAAGCCACCUCGACUUUCAAGAAUCCAAUGUACGCUGGCAAGUAAAGUACUUUAAUAGCUUUUGCAGCAGAGCCGGGAAAGGAGCUGCAAACUAACUAAUACAUAUUUGCUCGGGCAAUGUUGCAUUGUUUGGGUUACGAAUUUCUCUCUAAUUGCCAUACGUUAAGGAGUUUAUGUCAAAGGGAGCGUGCAUCUAAGUGAAAAGUAAAGAAAAAUAUUUAUUACAGAAAGGAACGCAUAUGUAUAUCUUAAGCUCUUUUUGUUUAGUAUUUAUGCGCACCUAAAUGUGUGUAUUUAAGUGCACGUAAA